AUGGCUAAAGAACUCGCACCUAUGUCCCUAAAAGAGGAACAUGUUGAUAAAGAUCGAUUUUGCUUUGCGCCUUCGCGAAGUAUUGCAGUGAAAGACGAUGGAUUCGUCGAUACAGCCUUGUUUGGAUUAGCCAAUUCACAUCCUUUCCCGGCAUCUCGGCGUCGCCUCUCAUCAUCAAGUUUCGAAUCAGACGAUGUCGAUAUCGACGACUUUCAGACAGCGUUGCACAGUUUGGGUCUCUGCCAACUGGCACGUUGGUCGAAGCGAGCAUCUUUGCUAUCCGCACACUACCCACCGACGUACGGAACCCUCGUCGAUGAGGAAGUUGAGUGCCUCCAACUGAGUGCCAAAGUGGAAGCAGAAGACUCAAGAUUCAUAUCGAUAAGCCCCCAGCGCUUCUGGCUGGUAUUUACCGUCAUCUUGCUGGGAUACUUCAUCGCCUGUUUUGACUCCACUUUGAUGGCAUCGAGCCACCCUGUCAUUACCUCUUACUUUGGCGCGUCACAGCUGGCAUCGUGGUUGAGCACUGUAUUUCUCAUCACGAGUACAGCCUUUCAACCUCUGUUUGGACGCCUGUCAGACUCGAUCGGAAGAAGACCGGUCUUCUUACUCGUCUUGGCAACUUUCGCAGUGACCACACUGUGGUGCGCCCUAGCAGGAAGUAUUGAGAGUUUUAUUGCAGCUCGAGCAGCGUGUGGAUUAGGUGCCGGUGGUGCCAUGUCGAUGGGUCUGAUCAUCGUCAGUGACCUCGUCCGCAUUGAACACCGAGGGGUGUUCCAAUCACAUAUCAAUCUCGUCUUUGGUUUGGGCUCGGCAUGUGGUGCUGCCCUUGGCGGAUGGCUUUGUGACAGCCUCGGGUGGAGGUGGGCAUUUGGCGUACAGGUACCCGUCGUAUGCUUAUGCUUCCUCUUAGGUGUCUGCUUUAUGCCGUCGAUUGAUGGUCCACGGUUACGCUGCGCUGAGAACCGCGGCAAGUGGCUCGCGCUCAAGACGUUCGACUGGUCGGGAUCCGCCUCACUCAUCACGGCGAUCACUUCUCUCAUCCUGGCACUGAACUUGGGAGGCAACAUAUUCCCGUGGACCUCGCCAUUGGUGCUGGCAUGUUUCACUAUUGCUGCCAUUGCAACAUGUGUCUUCGUCCGGGUCGAGUUGAGGGCGAACCAGCCGCUGAUGCCCCUCCACCUUCUUUGCCGGGCGCCCGUGGCGAAUAUGGUGUUUGCCAAUCUGCUGGGGGGUAUUGCUUCCAGCACAGUCCUAUUCAACGCGCCUCUAUUCUUCCGGGCUGUCCUGCUUACAUCUGCUUCCAGUGCUGGCUUUCGACUUGGGGUACCAAGCCUGGUUGGGUCUUUAGCAGGCGUCUCCACAGGCUAUAUCAUCACUUACACCAGACGGCUCAAGCCAACAUUGGUAUUCGGGGGGAUUAUGUAUCUUGUCGGGUCGGUGGCUAUUCUCUUCAUGACCAAAAACACGUCCGCUACGGUGAGCAUGAUCCUCAUCGCCGGUGUACCGUUGGGACAGGGAUUCGUCUUUCCCAACACCAUGAUGAGCGCCCUGGCGGUGUCUGAGCAGGCCGAACAAGCAGUAGUGACGACAACUAUUGGACUAUGGCGGAAUCUGGGAGUGGUCCUGGGUGUUGCUGUUUCCAGUCUGGUCUUCCAGGCCAGCCUGCUGCCGAAUUUGGAGAGGUAUAUGGUGGACGAGGACGUUAUUCGAAAAGUAAGAUCGUCUGUGCAGACUAUUGUGUUGCUGGAACCACAGAUACAGGGACAAGUUAUUGACGCAUAUGCUGCGUCUCUGCGGACCAGUUUUGUCUGCGCGCUGGUUGCUUCGAUUCUGAUUGUGAAUCUUAUUGUGCCUAUUCACCUACCACGGCUGCGUAAGGGAAGCCAGGUACUAGUGAAUGGCGGAGAGUGA